UUUUUUUUUUUUUUCUGUGAUUUAUCAUAAGUAAAUGUUUUUGUUACUGCAAGAUCAAAGUCCGAAAUAAUUUAUGUGGAUAUUUUGCAACUGCCAUUGACAUUAUUAUUAUAUUCAUAUAAAUAUUGGAUGGGGGUAGUAUGCAUGCAAUAUGAGAUAUGAUGAUGAUGAUGAUGAUGAUGAUAUAUAUGAAGCAUAAUCAAGAUGACUUGAGUGAUGUGAAUUGAUAUUAAUUUAGUAUAAAUUUUUAUCACAAGAGAUAUGGAUAAAAAAAAAGAGGUUCAUAUUGACAUAAAAAUUGACGAAAAUAAUUAUCAAGAUGAUAUUAAAAUAAUUGUUGACAUUUUACGUCCCGAGUGGCCUAAAGAUCAAUUACAAUUCAAGAUAUUUACAAAUGGAAUCACUAAUAAAUUAAUCGGCGUUUAUUAUCCAGGUCAUUACAGUGAGAUGUUAUUGAUAAGAAUUUACGGUAAUAAAACAGAUUUAUUGAUCGACAGGAAGGAUGAGGUCAGAAAUAUUCGGGUGCUGAAUAAAGCUGGAUAUACACAUUCGUUGUAUGCAACAUUUAACAACGGGUUGGUGUACGAAUUCAUUAACGGAGAGGUUCUUACUCCGUUAACAGUAAUAAACCCGGAGAUUUAUUGGCUGGUUGCUAAGCGACUGGCUCAGAUGCAUUUGUUGGAUCCCAGGGAGUAUUGCCAGGGUAUUACUAGUUGGGGCGAUGCUGAUAGGGAACCUAUUAUUUGGAAUAAAACUGAAAAAUUUAUAGAGUUGAUGCCCAAGUCCUUUCACGAUCCUCUAAAACAAACUAGGUUCGAAGAAUUAAUAAAACCUCAUGCAGUAUUACAAGAAGAGUAUCAAUUAUUAAAAUCUAAUCUCAUUAAAUUAGACAGCCCAAUUGUUUAUUCCCACAACGAUUUACUGCUGACAAACAUACUCUACGACAAGACAGUAAACAGUGUCACUUUCAUUGACUUUGAGUACACGGGAUUUAAUUACCAGGCAUUUGAUAUUGCUAAUCACUUUGCCGAGUUCGUUGGCGUCGAAAAUGUAGACUACGAUCGGUAUCCCGAUCAAGCCUUUCAAAGAUCCUGGCUGAGAAUCUAUCUUCAAGCAUUUAAUAAAUCUUCCAGCGUCUCGGAGGAGCAAGUUACCAAAUUGUAUAAACAAAUAAAAAAGUUUAACCUUUUGACGCAUUUUUUUUGGGGCUGUUGGGCCUUGAUACAGUCCCAACAUUCGACCAUUGAUUUUGAUUUUUUAGAAUACGCUGCAAUGAGAUUCAAUGAAUUUUUCAAGCGCAAAAAUUCAAACAAUGACUCAUCUGAAUUAACAACUCAAUUAUAGAAAAUUGAUAUUAUUUAUUAAAAUUUAAUGAUUAAUUAUUAUAA